CAGAAUCAACACAGGAGGACAAAUCAGGAGGAAACAUGGAGGGCCUUCAGACACACCAGCAGAUUCUGACCAGGUCUUGUUCUCAGUCCAAAGCUGACUUUAUCAAAAUAUAUUUUUUUGUUCCUCUAAAUGAAAGGAAAUGCAGCUUCAGGCACUUUUUGUGUUUUCUUUAUUCACAGCUGGAACAAUCCUGAAAUCCAACCUUGAAAACAAACUUAAUUUUCCCUUUUAUUGUCAGAGACGUAUUAUCUGCAGUCACUUGAGAGUUUGUUGAUACAAUAAACAAUAAAAGAAAAUAGUGUUGGUUGUAAUUAAGGGCCCAGGGUUAUAAAUGUUUCCAAAAAGUUCAAUAAUUGUCAGAAUUUUCUGUAUCUUAUUUAUGUGCCUACAUAUGGAGAGCUUUGACCAGUGAUUUAUUGUUAUUGAUUAAUAAUGUACCAAAUCAAUAAAGCUCCUUUCAGGACUUUUUGGACAUUCAUGAAUGGACUGAAAUAUACAUUCAUGCUUUUUUAUAAUAUCCAUUAACAAACAAGAACAUCAAUAACACUUUUGAUUGACAUUGUAAUUUUGGAUGUCUUUAACAGUGUGAGAGGUUUCAGCCCAUAGACUGUACAUAGAAUGAACGCCGUCUGUCUCCUUGCUGGUUGAAGCCACCGCGAGAACAGCACCCUUUGGUGACAGGCUGCAGUAUGGGUCAUAAAUCCCGCCUCCUCCAGCAAUCCUCAUGGAGUUGUGGACAAACUUUAGAAAUGAAUGACACAGAAUACAAUUUUUCUCCCUCUUGGUUGUGAUGUUGACAUGUAGUUACUGUAAGACUGGUUUGUGCUCAAGUCCUCUUUUUUCUGUGCAGCUCCAUUUUUAAAAGUUAUUAGGGGGUUCAUGUUUUCUAUGAUUGGCACUUGAUACAGCCUAUGGGCGAACAAAGUUUGCGUAGCUCACCCGGGGGAUACGCUGUUUGAGCCGAGCGUCAUCACAGCAACUCUCCCUCCGAAUGCAUACAAUGCUACUGUGCAAGUGGUGGUUCCAGGAAGUGGAGAAAGUCCUGGAAAUACCAAGAGCAAUUCAUCUUCAAAUUCAUAUAAUGACCGAAGGCAGAACCAAGUUGUCCAUAGUAUAUGUUUCAGCCUUAUAGCUGGAAAACAAAAAAGUUUUUACAGUUUUCACUUAAAAAUUAAAAUGAUACAUUUCACUUUCAAAAGACAUCAGGAUGAGAUUUUUAGAGAACCAGUCAGCAAAGACUGCUUUGUUCAAAAAUGAAAGAGUUGGUUGUGGACUUCCGCAGGUGUCCCCACUCCCCCCAUCACCAGUGAACAUCCAGGGAAGGGACACUGAGAUGGUGAUGUCUUACAAGUACCUGGGUGUUCAUCUGAUCAAUAAACUGGACCAGACUCAUAAUACAAAUACACUUUACAAAACGAGACAGAGCAGACUCUAUCUGCUCAAGAGACUGAGGUCUGUUGGGGUGCAGGGGGCACUCCUGAAGACCUUCUAUGACUCUGUGGUAUCCCCUGCCAUUUUCUAUGAAGUGGUCUGCUGGGGGAGCAGCAUCACAGCAGCUGACAGAAAGAGGCUGGACAAACUCAUAUCGAAGGCCAGCUCUGUCUUGAGAUGCCCUCUGGAACUUGUGGAUGAGGUGGGGGAGAGGAGGAUCACAGCCAAGCUGUCCUCCAUGCUGGAGAGAGCCUCUCACCCCCUCCAACACACACUCACUGCACUGAGGAGCUCCUUAAGGGACAGGAUGCUCCACCCAAAGUGUGUGAUGGAGAGGUAUUUCAGGUCAUUCCUUCCUGCAGCUUUCAAACUCCACAACAGAAACCUCAGCGUGCAGUAAACCAUAUUUAUAUAUAUAUAUACAGUGUUGGAAAAAAGUUUGGAAUAUUUUCUUCUGUGUUUCUAUUCCUUAAGAGUAUGCUUAUUUUGCGCGGCUCACGGGAGUUUAGAGAAGCGUGUCUUAGCUCAAAAUGUAGCUGAGAUAAUCCCCUUUCAGCGGGCAUACAGAAUUAGUGUCUGCUCCGUCAGAGAAAAAAAACAUGAGCCUGAUAACAUGACACUCCCAUUUUUGACCAACAAAUCAGCGUCCACCACAAUGGUUAAAAAAGGGUGUCCACCUGUUUCCUGUGUCCCAUUGCUCCUGAUCUUUUUAGACAAGGUUCCUGUGACUAUGAGACGUCAACUGAGUGCCGCAAUCUGCAACCGCAUCGUGGGCAUGCGCCAAGCUGGAGCCAAACAGAAUGCCAUAGCCACUGCUCUGGGAAUUACGCAGGGCGCAGUGUCCAAGAUCCUGAAGCGACAUCGACAGACAGGUGUGCCAACGCCUAGACCCAGGUCUGGACGUCCCCGAAAAACCACAGUGAGGGAGGAUCGUUAUCUGCACAGGCUGUCUCAUACUGGGCGUACAAAGACUUCCACCCAGCUGCGUAAUGAAUGGAUGCGAUUCACAAAUACUCCUGUCACGAGCCGGUUGGUACGCUACAGACUGUUGAACGUGGGUUAUUUUGCGAGGAGACCAGUAUGGAAACCUCUCCUGCAACGACGACACCGCCAAGCCCGCUUAGGCUGGGCACAUGACCACCUGAACUGGCAGGAUGGACAUUGGCAACACGUGGUGUUCAGUGACGAGUCUCGUUUCCUCCUUUACCGACACGAUGGCCGCGUGAGGGUUCGCCGUCAGGCUCAUGAGUCUCUGGCCGAAGGUUGUGUAUUGCCCAGAGUGCAAGCUGGGGGCGGCAGGGUAACCGUUUGGGGUGCAUUCCACAGUACCGCUAAAUGCGACUUGCAUGUCCUGGAUGGUAACAUGAACCAACACCGCUAUUGCCGGAUUCUGGAAACCAAAAUGCUCCCAUUUGCUAGACAGCACUUCGGGGCAAACUUUGUGUACCAAGAUGACAACGCCCCGCCUCACAGGACCCAGCUGAUACGCGAUUUUCUGGAUCAAGAGGAUGUGGAACACAUGGAGUGGCCAGCCAUGUCCCCAGAUAUGAACCCGAUCGAGAACCUGUGGGCUGAAGUUUCACGUGGGCUGAAUAACAUGAAUGAGCCUCCAACAAACGUGGCUGAACUGACUAAGGCUGUGAUCCAAUGCUGGCGAGAAAUCCCGGUAGAAACUCUGACCAACCUAGUGACCAGCAUGCCCAGACGUGUACGGGCAUUGUACAACGCUAGAGGCGGUCACACAAAGUACUGACUGUUUUUUUGUUAUUGUCUUGUUAUGUUUGAUAUUGCUUUCAAAGAUGGUCCACAUAUUUUGUUGCAAUUUAAAAUUACAGCCGUUUAUUUAUGAAAUACCGACUCAUGAUUUUAUGCGUUAUUUCUAUGGCUUUUUGUGAAUCAUGAGGUGUCCGCCCUGCAAUUUUUUGAGAAACAAAAUAGUUUGAUGUGAAUUUCAAAAACAUAUCACAGAGACCAGGGAACAUUAAAAAGUCUUAAGAAUAAUUCUCCAGAAAGCAGCAGACCGCGUUAAACACGAGGCUGGGGUUGAAUUGAGAAAUAUUCCAAACUUUUUUCCAACACUGUAUAUAUAUGCUGUACACACGUAAAUAAGUUUCUUUAUCCUUUAAUUUGUCUUUUGUAUUUGUAUUUAUGCUGCUGUAAUUUUGGAAUUUUACCCUGUUGGACUAAUAAAGGUAUAUCUUGUCUUAUCUUUUAGAAUGGUGCAACAAUAAAUACAAACUGAAAGUUACCCACUGGUGCUUUAAUAACACAGAUUGUGUUUCUGUCUCUCCUGACUACUCCAAGCACUUUUACAUUACAUGUCACAUUCACCCACUGGUGACAGAGGCUGCUACUGAGUCCAUCAUCUUAGACUAAUUUCAUUCACACACAUCUGGGUGCAGCAGGGGUGGGUGGGGUCAAGUGUUUUGCCCAAGGACACUUUGGCAUAUGAACAGGAACCCCUGAUGGUAAUAAUUCAGAGUUAUAACCCAGGUCAGUACAGAAAAGGGUCAGUAGCUCUUUUUAUAGAAAACUCAGACUUUACUAAAAUUAACAUAUUGUUAACUUUUGAUGAUAUACUCUAACAGAAUUGUACUUGUUAAAACUGUCUCGCAUUACAGUUAAUGACCAUGCCAGCUGAUCCUCUGUCUUAAACUGUAUUAAAUAUUGGACAUUUAAAUCUUGACAUGGUAUUUUAUGACUGCUGUCAGGGAAAGAUUUGUAAGAAGACUUUUGGUUUUAAAUUGGUAUUGAAAUCCAAGUACCUUUUAAAAUGUCAUAAAAUGUGGCCCUUAAAGACCGUAAGAAACAGGGCUAACACAGGCCCACUCCACCAUCUUUAUUGCUCUGCUUCAAACUGAGCAGCCGACAGAGGAUCUGCAGAUGAGAGCUGCUAGGGGCUGUGGAUGAGGGUUUAACGGUGCAGCAAUACCCCAGACCCCAUUAGAAGCUAUUCAGUGUCAGAACAAGUUUAAGAGCUAUGAAGAGGCAGACCAUACAGCACAUUAGGUAAAGCUUUUGAUGGCUGAAUUCCUCGGCUGCAAAGAUGCUAACUUCACAAGUCCAAAGCCUUAUACUUUUAACAGAAAAAAAGUAGGCUUACUAAAAAUAACUCUGAAUACACUGGUUCAUGCUGAGCUUAGACAGUUUGUUCAACAUUGAGCAUAGCUGCUUGGUAAGCACACACAGACCAGACUGUUGAAAUGAUUUCUUUCCGACUGAUAAACGCACCUUGCCUGGAGGCAAGAUUACUCAUGGCCUUCUCAUCUCUUAAGGCUGGUUAACCAUUUAGCGCUGUAACCCCCAAGGCUUUCAGAUAAACUAGGGCAACUUGUAAAGACAUUCCACUGGCAUCACAAAUCUCCUAGUACAUGUGUGCAAGGCCAUUCGUGAGCCCCACAGAGCUGGUGGCAUAAACAUGAAAAAGAACUACAAGAGAAAGACAGAUAACGGCGAAACACAGUUUGGUGAUUGUGUGAAAUUUAAGAUGGUGUCAUUGUCACAAUGUAAGACAGACUUCAUCCCAUAUACUGCAGGUACAGAUGGGAAUAUUUAUUAGAUUAUCUUGAGGUUAGAUCCUAGAUUGAUAUGCAACCCUGCUCACCCUAAAGCAAUGGUGGCCUUUAAGGACAAAAAGCUCCUUUUAUGCACGCUCAAUAUGAUCCUCCAUCAGUCAAGUUCUUUUUAAGCCUCUUCCUUCUUGGCCUUUCAGGAGCCGCAUUUUGCAUUACUACUGAUAUAAUACAAAGAGGCACAAGUAAUGAGUCGAUCUGUUUUGUGUUACUGUAGCAGGAAAAAUAGGGGUGCAGAGGCCAGUUGGAUUUACUCCUAUGAAGAUAUAAAAAAACUCAUUCCAAGUUUGAAAACAUAUGUAUUUUAUAUAUUCAGAUUAUUCAACUCUAACUCAGACAUACUUACAAAUUUAACAGUCUGUUUUUCUGAGAACCCUUUAAACACGACAGACUGUCCCUGUAAGAGUAGACAUGCUUAAGUACAGUUUAAAAUAAAAGUUUGUUCUGCAACAGAAUGAACCAUGUAACAAAAAAAGAAAAAAAAAAAGACUGAGAAACUUUUCAAUUUGCAUAAAUGUUGUUACGAUUUCCUAAUGAGAAGUUUUGAUUGAACCCAAAAGCA